UCCUUCCUAUGGGUAGUUCUUCCUAUUUUCGGUGCUCCUGAUCUCUAACAUUUCCUCUACUCCUUCCCUGCACCCUGGUCCCUCUCUUUCACUUCGCUUCUUCUGCUCUGAGAUCUAUUCUCUUUGAAUUUCAGCAUUUUUUGGGUUUGUCUUCUUCUCUCCAACAACCCCUUUUCGUUUCUGGAUCUUUUUCAUCUUCUCCUCAGCGAUCUCAUCUCAUUCGAUUUUGGGGUAUUUCAAUAUCUUCUUCUUCUCCUCAUUCGGUUUUGAAUUUUGGGUCUUUGGAUUGUUAUUCUACCAAGCAAUCUCCAAUCCUCUCUCUCUCUCUCUCUCUCUCUCUCUCUCUCUCUCUCUCUCUCUCUCUCUCUCUCUCCCCUGUUUCUUCUCAAACCUGGCGACUGAUGGCGAGUAUUGUCGAAAGAGAUGGAACAUGCUGAGUAUCUACAGCUCGAAUUGCCAUCCAAGCAUCAGAGAAAUCCCGCAAUUCGGAAUCCAUGGAGAACUAUAAUUCUCCAACGCUCGGCCCGAAAGGAAUGAUAAGAAGGACUGAAUUCGUAAGAAUCAUUAUCCAAUCUCUCUAUUCUCUUGGCUACAAGAAGGCUGCUUCUCUUUUAGAAUCAGAAUCCGGGAUUUCCUGCGUAUCUCCGGAACUCUCAUCAAUUCAAUCCCAAAUCCUCGACGCUCGAUGGGACGAUUGCAUCCGUACCCUUAACAGUAUCAGCGAUUUGGUCGAAGAAACUCGAGCAUCGGCGUCUUUCCUCGUCUUCCGGCAGUGUUUGUUGGAGUUAUUGAACUCGGGUGAUGAGUCCUCAGCUUUAAGAGUCCUUCAGAAACGGAUAUCUCCACUGCGGGUCGAUAGGAAGAGGGUUCACAUGCUUGCAUGUGAUAUCAUUUCGUUGGAGGAGAUUGGAUCAGGUGGGAAAGAUGGUAUGUCAUCCAUUGGUGAGUUGCGAAGAAGGCUGUUGACUGAGUUGGAAGGGUUGCUUCCUCCGCCGAUUACAUUGCCCGAGAGCAGGUUGAAGCAUCUGGUCGAGACAGCGGUUACUAUUCAGAGGGAAGCUUGUCUUUACCACAACUCAACCGGCACAAUUUCACUCUAUGAGGACCAUUGCUGUACUCGCGAUCAGAUUCCCACGGAGACUGUGCAGAUAUUAGAUCAGCAUGAGAAUGAAGUUUGGUUUGUACAGUUUUCAAAUAAUGGGGAGUAUUUGGCUUCCUCUUCAAGUGAUUGCACUGCUAUUAUAUGGACGGUAUCAGAAGGCACUGUGUUGUUGAAGCACAUCCUGCGCAGCCACCGGAACCCUGUUUCCUUCGUAUCAUGGAGCCCUGACGACACAAUGCUUCUCACAUGUGGCAAUGAAGAAGUCCUCAAACUAUGGGAUGUGGAGACAGGCACAUGCAAGCACACGUUCGGUGAGCGGAGCCCCAUUGUCAGCUCAUGUGCAUGGUUCCCUGACUCAAAGCGGCUAGUUAGUGGCAGCUGCAACCCUGACAAGUGCAUCUACACGUGGGACAUUCAAGGCAAUGAGCUGGAUGCUUGGAGGGGAGUGAGGGUGCCAAAGGUCUCUGACCUGGUUGUGACACCGGAUGGGGAGCAUCUGAUCAUCGUCUGUGAUGAGAAAGAGAUUCAAAUAUAUAACUUCCAAACAAGGACUGAAAGGUUCAUCUCAGAGGACUCCCCGAUCACAUCGCUCUCUGUUUCCAAGGAUAGUCGGUUUCUUAUUGUCAAUCUCAACAGUCAAGAGAUCCAUAUGUGGGAUGUAGCUGGGAAGUGGGACGCACCAUUUAAGUACACAGGCCACAAGCAAGGGCAGUACGUGAUACGGUCCUGCUUUGGUGGGUCAGAUUGUGCAUUCAUUGCCAGUGGUAGUGAGAAUUCACAGAUCUACAUCUGGCACCGACAGAGCUGCAAGCUUAUUGAGAUCUUACCGGGCCAUUCGAAGACAGUGAACUGUGUGAGCUGGAACCUGGCAAAGCCACGAAUGCUGGCAUCAGCAAGCGAUGAUCACACCAUUCGGAUAUGGGGAGCAAGCAGAAGCAAGCCAGAAAAGGUGGGUGCAUGAAUGUUUCUUUGGUCCAUGUACAUUGUGAUGUGAUGCUUAGCUUCUUUUUGUCCCUCAAUUUCUGGUGCAUCAUCUAUUAUUCUUUUGGUGUAUUUGUAAGUAAAUUUUCACUUUCUUUUUGUAUUUUAUUCUGCGGGGCCCUUUGUAUAUUCUUCUUCUUCUUCUUCU